GCCCAGGCUUUCAGAGGGUUUGGCUUUAAAUCCCAUGGCAAGGCAAUUCUCUCAGCUCUGCUCCACCCUCUGUCCGGGGCAAAGAAGGCCGAGCCAAGUUCCUUCCCUCGGACUCCAUUGAGUCUGUUAAGAGCAUCCGGUUCUUGACCAUGUCCAAUCUCCAAGUGCCUGUGCGUCCAAAAAGGCAAAAGAUUUGGGUGGAUUACUUCGUCCAAUUCCGAUGGAUCAUCAUCGUCUUUGUAGUCCUCCCCAUCUCUUGCAUCAUCUACUUCUCGAUAUACCUCAGCGAGCUCAGAGCUGAGAAGAAGCCUUACAAGCUUCGCCAGAAGGAACACGAGGAGAACAUCAAGAAGGUGGUGAAGCGCCUCAAGCAGAGGAAUCCAUUGAAGGAUGGCCUGGUGUGCACGGCUCGAAAGCCAUACAUCGUCGUCGGCAUGCGCCAUGUGGACUAUAAGCGAGCUCGUCACUUUGAGGUCGAUCUAUCGGCGUUCAACAACAUUCUCGAGAUCGACAGAGAGAGAAUGGUGGUGAAGGUGGAGCCUCUCGUUACGAUGGGGCAUCUUAGCCGGGUCACAGUCCCCAUGAAUCUUGCUCUCCCUGUCGUUUCGGAGCUCAACGACCUCACGAUAGGAGGUCUGAUCAAUGGCUAUGGCAUCGAAGGAAGCUCCCAUAUCUAUGGCCUCUUUUCUGACACUCUAGUCUCUCUCGAGGUUGUUCUUGCUGAUGGGCGUGUCGUCAGGGCUACCAAGGACAACGAGCACUCGGACCUCUUCUAUGCAAUCCCCUGGUCACAAGGAACGCUUGGACUUCUAGUUUCAGCUGAGAUUAAGCUCAUACCAAUCAAGGAGUACAUGAGGCUCACGUACAAGCCGGUGAGAGGGAACUUGAGGGAAAUGGCACAGGCCUUUGCCGAUUCAUUUGCGCCAAGAGAUGGAGACCCCAAGAAAAUCCCGGACUUCGUCGAGUCGCUGAUCUUUACGCCAACGGAGGGUGUGUUCAUGACAGGGAGGUAUGCUUCCAAAGGAGAAGCAGAGAGAAGAGGUAAUGUUAUAAAUAGGGUAGGAUGGUGGUUCAAGCCGUGGUUCUACCAGCAUGCCGAGGCUGCGCUGAAGAGGGGGGAGUUUGUGGAGUACAUUCCAACGAGGGAGUACUACCACCGGCACACCAGACCUUUGUUCUGGGAGAUGAAGCUGAUCCUGCCAUUCGGGGACCAGUGGUGGUUCAGGUGGUUGAUGGGGUGGAUGAUGCCUCCCAAGAUCUCUUUGCUGAAGAUCACCCAGGGGGAGGCUAUUAGAAAGUACUACCAUGACAUGCAUGUGAUCCAGGAUAUGCUGCUUCCUAUGCAUAAGGUUGCUGAUGCACUGGAGUUUCUGCACCAUGAAAUGGAGGUGUAUCCAAUCUGGCUCUGCCCACACCGCCUCUUCAAGCUUCCUGUCAAGACCAUGGUGUAUCCUGAGCCGGGCUUUGAGCAGAACCAGAAGCAGGGUGACACCAGCUAUGCCCAGAUGUUUGCCGAUGUCGGAGUGUACUAUGCCCCCGGCCCUGUCCUCAGGGGUGAGGUAUUCGAUGGCGCUGAAGCUGUCGGACGACUCGAGGAGUGGUUGAUCCGGAACCAUGGCUUCCAGCCUCAGUACUCAGUCUCUGAGCUCACCGAACAGAACUUCUGGAGGAUGUUUGAUCGAAGCCUCUACGACCAGUGCCGCAAGAAGUACAAGGCGCUGGGCACCUUCAUGGACGUGUACUACAAGUCCAAGAAGGGGAAGAAGACCGAGAGGGAGGUGCUGGAGGCCGAAGCGGCCAUCGCCGAGACUGCAUAUGCUGUUGCUGAGAAGGAGGACUGAGCUGGCCUCGGCUGAAUAAAGGUUUAUGCAACUCGAGGUUGCAAGUAGCAGCAGUAGUAGUACUCUCUGGGAUGCUUCUCCUGCGUGAGUUUGGGUUUAAUUCUCACUUGCACUAUUCCUUCCUCAGUUGUCAUGUUGUAAUUAGGCGUUGAAGGCUGUAACCAUGUGCUAGCUGUUUCAUCUGAAGUAUUUGAACUUGGUUUAGGAACUCGACAUCUUUGUACUCUCCUAGAAGUGGAACUUCCCUAGAGGAGCAUCUUUGCUCCGUUUCCAUGGUGAUGGAACUGAGUUGAACCUCCCAAUAUGCAGAGCAAAUAAGCUACUUUUGUGCUAGCUCAUGAGUUGUAAUAAUGGAAUGGGCCGGUCAAUGCUAUGCCUACCCUGGAAUAAACUCUGCUUGAACCA